AUGGUGGUGCUGCUGGAGCGGGGUUCUCACAGUGGGUUCAGUGGAGGAGGGGGGUUGGCCUGGCAGCCAGAAGCCUCCUGGAGGCAGGCAAUCCCCUCUCUGCAUGAGGCCCAGGCCCCUCCAGCUGCUGUCCACACGGAAGCUGGCAGGGUCGCCCUGCAUGAGUGUGCAGGUUGGGCACUGUGCAAGAGGCCGGAAGCCAUCAGGGCAGUGGCCCUGCGUACACCAGGCAUCUUUCUAAACCUUGAAUCAGAACCCCUUCUCAAGAGCUGGCUUAAACCUGGAGCGAUGCGCCCCCCGCUCCCCACCCCAAGGGAUGAAGCUGGACUUCUCUGCCCCCACCCCGCCCCCCGUGGCUCUCAGCCUGAGUCUCAGCUCCGCCCUGAGCUCCGUGCUCCUGCUGCCUCCGCUCUCCCUGUCGGCGCCUCAGUCACCCCGUGCCGCCACCUCCUGGUCCCUGAGAUAUCUUUCCCUCCCCGUGUCCUGGCCUCUUGGUCUGCGGGCUCUGUCACUGUGCAUCUCACAGAUGUUUGGAGGAGGCAGCAGAGCGGGAGGGCCUGGGCACCAGGUUUUGCUGGGGAGGGGACCAAGGCCUGGGGCUGA